AUGCGCUUCUUCUCGACAAUCGCGACACUCCUCGUCGCCACGGCGGCCACUCUCGUCGUAGGGCAAGCGGACGACACGCCCGAGGUCAAAGUUACAACCACCUUCCCCAACAACCCCUUGUCCCUCGUAUCAAACGGCCAGCCCAACCGCGUCGUCUUCCACCUCACCCAACCACCCUCCCAGGACCGUGUCCUCUCCCUCCUCUCCAUCAGCGGCGCGUUCCUCAACCCGGCCAAAUCAGACGGACAACGCGGUCGCGUCCUCCGCAACAUGACCACUACCACCUUCAAGACGGAAAAGAAGUUCAAGACCCUCAGCGGCAAGCCCUUGGAGGUCCCCUACGAUUUCUACCCCGAAUUCAAGCCGCAGGACUUGGGAGUAGAGUUCCGUCUGGUGGUACGGGAUGGUCAGACCAGCAAGAAGCACAACGUCCUCGCAUACACUGGAAAAGUGACCGUCAUUGAGCCCCCGAAGAGUUGGUUCGACCUCCAAACGCUCAGCCUGUACGUCUUCGGGCUUGCCCUUCUCGCAGGCGGGGCCUGGUUGGCGAGGGAGAUGUACUUCCCUGAGCCCAAGAAGGGCAAGGGGAGGAAGAAGAGCGGGUCUACCAGGACGAGCGCGGGACCCCCGACGGGCGCACCGACGGGUGUGGCGAUGGGAGGGAACGGGAAGGGAUACGAUGAGAGCUGGAUUCCUGAGUCGCACUUGAGGAGCAAGAAGGCAGUGGCGGGUGGGAGUGGAGAUGAGGGGCGUAAGAGCCCCGUGGGCGCGGGUAAGAAGAGGCGAUAG